CCAGUUUGGAUUUUAUUCAUCAGUGCACAUGAGUGCCUACAGGCUGCAGCGACUCAAGGGUCAUAUUUUGCCUGAAAAUAAGAUCACAGCCAUAGCAGGCUCAGCCAGUCCUCUGACCACUCAUGUGCUGAACACUGCAAUGGGUAUCCCUGGCUCCAACAUGGCCCUCAGCCUCUAUCGACAAGACCCCUCCACUAAUGCCUGGAGUUUGAUAACAGCUGGGACCACUAAUGAGGAUGGACGUUGCCCAGGACUCAUCACAAAACAAAUAUUUACAUCUGGUGUGUAUAAAAUUUGUUUUGACACUGCUCAGUACUGGGAGAGUAUUGGAGAGACCUGCUUUUACCCGUAUGUUGAGAUUGCUUUCACCAUAAAAGACCCUGGCCAAAAGUACCAUGUUCCUCUGCUCCUGAGCCGUUUCUCUUAUAGUACGUACAGAGGAAGUUAGAGAUCAAGUGUGAUGAACCUCUUGAAGCUAUCUAUCAGGCAGAGGCAACUCCAGAACAUUCAUCUCAGCAGCAGAUGAACUGUCACGCCUAUUGAAAAGACACAAUGCUCCAUUUGAAUGAUUCAUCAAUUUUAACAAUAAUCAAAAAUCACUAUAA